AUGCUGGAUCCGGGCCUACCCUGCGGCCACUGGGUCCCAUAUCCGAUGACAUCUCCACAGCAUCUGAUUGGAGCACCACUCCACGCGCUCACUCAGCGUGUGUCGUCAUACGCGGUGCUCCUCCUGUCAGUCUCGCAACGACAGAGAAGGAAAGAGCGAGAGAGAGAGGAGAGAGAGAGAGGGUCUCAAAAUCUGAAUGAAAUGGCGUCCGCAUCGCCUCUCCCUCUAGCUACAGCAGCAAGCAAAGGCAAAGCAAGACGCCAUUAA